AUGGCCACUGCCAGCGGAGGUGGAGGAUACGGGGAUGAUUUUGAACCUCUUGAUCCCAACCUUAGAAAUGUUUUAGACCAACAUUCACUGAAAUGGGUGUUUGUCGGCGGAAAAGGAGGUGUAGGCAAAACGACAACAAGCUGCUGUCUGUCUGUGCAGCUAGCGCGCGUCAGGGAGACGGUCCUUAUUAUAUCGACAGACCCAGCACACAAUAUUUCUGAUGCUUUUGACCAGAAGUUCUCCAAAGUUCCCAGUCUAGUCAAAGGAUACACUAAUCUGUAUGCUAUGGAAAUUGACCCUAAUCUAGGAAUGUCCGAGCUACCAGAAGAGUACUUUGAGCAGGAAAACUCUGGAGGUGUACUGGGGAGACAAGGUCGGGCGGUCAUGCAGGAACUGAUGGGUGCUUUCCCUGGGAUUGAUGAGGCCAUGAGCUUCGCAGAGGUCAUGAGGCUGGUGAAGGGGAUGAACUUCUCCGUGGUAGUUUUUGACACGGCCCCCACAGGCCACACCCUCCGCCUUCUCUCCUUCCCUAGUGUCGUAGAGAAAGGACUGGGAAAACUGCUCAGGCUGAAGAAUCAAAUCAGCCCUUUUAUAUCACAGGUGGGAGGGCUGUUAGGAUUACAGGACAUGAACGCUGACCAAAUGACACAAAAAGUUGAGGAAAUUUUGCCAACAAUAAAAAGCGUCAAUGAACAGUUUAAAAAUCCGGAACAGACAACAUUCAUCUGUGUGUGUAUAGCAGAGUUUUUGUCAUUGUAUGAGACAGAACGGUUGGUGCAGGAGCUCACAAAGUUCCAGAUUGAUGUGCGGAACAUUAUUGUCAACCAGUUACUGUUUCUGUCCAAGGGUCAGCAGCCGUGUAAGAUGUGUAUGGCCAGACACAAAAUACAAGCCAAAUACCUGGACCAGAUAGCAGAUUUGUAUGAAGAUUUCCACAUCACCAAACUGCCCCUACAGGAGGAAGAAGUGCGAGGUGUGGACAGAGUACAUCAGUUCUCCCAGUACUUAGUGGACGCUUAUACACCAGACUGACCACAAAUGGCUGGGACAUACGAAUAACCUGAGUGACCUUGAGGUGACUGCAGUGACCUUGAGCAGACUGCAAUGACCAUGAGUAGACUUUGGUGACCUUGAGCUGACCUGUGUAUGCUUGGCUUAACCUUCUUGAAUGACAGACUUGACCUCGGCAUAUUGUAAAAGUUUAAGACUUGUGUAGGAUUCAGAUACUGAGAGGUUAUACAAAAACUCUGAAAACUCAUGCAUUUAUUGUACUGUAGUCUUAGUUUUGUUUUCGGGUAUUUAUUUAAAUAUAUGUGGAAUUAUGAAAUAUUGAUAUCUAAUCUAAUAUUUGUACAGUUAUCUUUUGUUAGUAGCUCGAACAGCUUAGGGUUUAGUUGAAAAAAGUAAGCUCAAGGAAAAGGUUGAUGGUGCAUGUAUUGUUGGUCAGGACACAUUCUAACAUUUAUACCAGUGGUAAGACCAUGGUAUGAACAUGUUUUGCAAUCUUUGAUGUAUUAAAAAUCAUCCU